AUGGUGCCCCCUCUCGUUGAAACUUCAGGCACACAACUCAAGUAUCUAUCAAAAAAAGAUGUUGAAAAAUGCGUGGAAAACGGUCAAAUGUUGAUAAUAUACGAUAAAAAAGUCUACAAGCUCAAUAAAUGGAUAAAAUACCAUCCAGGCGGCGAUCUUGCUAUAAUGCACAUGAUUGGAAAAGAUGCUACAGACGAAAUAAACGCCUUUCAUCCCGAUUAUGUUACCAAGAAAAAAAUUCACAGCUUCUAUAUCGGAGAAUAUAGUGAAAACGCUUCACAUCGAUCAUUAAAAUUCGAAAACGGUUUAUCACUUGCCGAGGAACAAUUGAUAUCAAAUUCAUAUAAGCGUUUGGAAUCGAAAAUCAAAGAACUUGGACUAUAUGAUUGCAAUUAUUGGUAUUAUGCUCUUGAAGUAUUUAGAUACAUCUUGUUAAUAACUUCCGUCUGGCUAUUGAUUAUCUACGGCACUCAUCUAUUUCAUUAUCUUUUGAGUGCCUUUUUACUUGGCGUUUUCUGGCAUCAACUUGCAUUCACAGCACAUGACGCAGGGCAUAGUGGGAUUACACACAACCUAGUAGUUGAUUAUCUCAUUGGGAUUUUUAUCGCGGAUUUUUGUGGAGGUCUGAGCAUAGGAUGGUGGAAGAAGAAUCAUUACGUUCAUCAUAUUGUCACAAAUCAUCCAGAACAUGAUCCUGAUAUUCAGCAUUUACCAUUCUUUGCAAUUACUACCAAACUUUUUAACAAUAUUUAUUCUACAUUCUACAAGAGAACUUUAGAAUUUGAUGUAUUUGCUAGAAUAUUCAUCUCUUAUCAACAUUACUUAUAUUAUCUGGUAAUGUGCUUCGGUAGAUUUAAUCUUUACGCAUUAUCCGUAGGAUUCUUAUUUAAUGAAAAGAACGUUGCAUUUCGUAAUUUAGAAAAAGGUGGAAUGGUUUUCUUUUGGUGUUGGUAUAUUUAUAUGCUUUCUUAUCUCCCUUCAUUACCGAUUAUAAUUUCUUACAUCUUGAUUUCACAUAUGGUAACGAUGCCACUCCAUGUACAAAUUACACUUUCUCAUUUUGGGAUGUCAACGGAAGAAUUGGGGCCGAUAGAAUCAUUCCCGAGGAAAAUGCUUCGCACCACGAUGGAUGUUGAUUGCCCGUGGUGGAUGGAUUGGUUCCACGGAGGAUUACAAUAUCAGGCGAUACAUCAUUUAUUUCCAAGAAUACCAAGACACAAUUUAAGAACAUGCCAACCACUAGUCAAGGAAUUCUGUAAAGAAGUUGGUUUGAAAUACCACUUAUACGGGUUUAUUAAGGGUAACGGAAUUGUGUUAGGUGUGCUUAGGGAUGUAUCCAAUCAGCUCAAAUUAUUAGGCGAAGUAGCUAAAUCUCAUGCUGAUAGACACUUUCCAGAGGUAUCGAGUGCUCCGAGAAACAUUCAAAGUGAAAAAAACAAAGAUUAG